GAGAUCUGUCACUGCGGACAAAGCAGACACUCAGAGCUCAACUGGUUUCUUGCCGAGCACCGAGGAUGACCCGCUGGACUCUUCUCGCUCCCGUCCUGCUGCUCCUGCUGGGCCUGUUCAUCCACAGCGCUCUCAGUCAGGAGGCCGGAGACCCAGCAAAUGCACCACCCGCACAGGGCCAAGCAGCUGACAGCACACAGGGAGAGGAUGAAGAUGGGGACUGGGGACUGGGGACCCUCCGUGGCAGCUUUGAGGCCGUCGGCGGAUACUUUGACUCCAUGCUGGAGUUCAUGGGCGGACGUGACGGAGUGUGCCAAUACCGCUGCAGAUUUGGUAAAGCUCCUGUUCCUCGUUCGGGCUACCAGAUGCCAGAACCAAAUGGAUGUAGCUCCUACUUCUUCGGUCUUCCUAUUCCAGAAGGGAUGGACAUGGGCAUCCCUGCCAUGACUAAGUGCUGCAACCAGCUGGAUAUGUGUUACGACACCUGCGGCUCCAACAAGUAUCGCUGCGACUCCAAGUUCCGCUGGUGCCUCCACAGCAUCUGCUCAGACCUCAAGAAGAGCCUCGGCUUCGUGUCCAAAGUGGAAACAUGUGAAACUGUAGCAGACACCUUCUUCAACACAGUGUGGACUUUAGGCUGCAGGCCGUACAUGAACAGUCAGAGGGCAGCAUGCUACUGCCCGGGAGAGGAGAAGGACGAACUUUAGAUGAACAACAGGAUCUUCUGUAUUUAUAAAACAGCGUCAGCAGCCACCACAUUCCCGGGUGAUUUUGCUCCGAG